AUAAAUUAAAGUUGAAUAUUUUGAAGUUUUAAUAAGAUAGUACUUUAUAUUUCGUUAAUAAGAGUUAUUUUUCAUCAUUGAUGAGUAAAUUAAUUGUGUUCAUUAUUUGCAUCAUUUAGUAAAUAUACCCGAAGAAGUAUUAAGUUGGGAUAUCCAUGCUAGAGAAAGGUUUGUGAAGAACUCCAAGCUAGGAAGCGUACAAAUAUUUCGCGCCAGAGGCAUGAUAGUUGGAUGUGCAGGUGCCGGAAAAACAACUCUUUUACGAAAACUUCACGGAAGAGGUAUAACAGAUGAAGAUGAACCAACUGAGACAACUAUCGGCCUUGAGGUUCAUGAAGAUUUGUUUGCUAUUAAGGAAAACAAGUUAACAGAUUUUGCGAAUGCUGACAACAGUAGAAAUCCAUACCUUGACAACAACGUAAUAAGCAUGACAGACUUUGCAGGACAGGUUGCAUACUACGCAUGUCAUCAGGUUUACCUGUCAAGGAGAGCAUUUUAUAUCGUGGUCAUUGACAUGUCCAAAAAGCUUGAUGAAGAAUGUCGACUGUAUGACACAGAUCGCCAUGAUCCAACAGGUUCCUUUUUUUCAUUCAUGGACUUACGGAGAAUACUUCCAUUUUUGGUUGCAAACUAUAAAUACAUACUGCAAUGAAGGAAUAACACAAAAGGAUCCGAAAGACACAACAGCAAUCAAAGGCUCCACGGCGAAUGCAAAUUUACAGCCGAUUAUUCUUAUUGCCUCCCAUAAAGACAAUCUGGU